GAAGAAACAAAAAAACAGAAGUAGAAUUGCUUGUCGUGUGUCCACCUUGGGCUACAGUUUCAUUUGCUUAUCUUUGAGAAAUCGAUUUAGAAAGGGCCAUUUUUGAAAAGAACGACACGAUGAUUUCAAAAAAUGGCGUCGACAUCGUUCUCGUCUUCACCCGGUGCUAGUGCGGUUAGUGGGCAAAGGGAGGGGGGAGUGCCGAGAAGCAGGAAGAAGUAUAACUUUUGGCUUUUGGUGUUUCUCGCGACGACGAUUGUAUCGAUCGUUAUGGUCGGGGGUUCUUAAUCUGCAGUUAUAUGAAAAUCUUUUUAGACAACAUGAUGAUAUUGAAGAGGUAACAGAAACAGUGACAACCGGUUUUUACUAAGAGUGAUUACCUAAUAUCCGAAUCCGCAGCAGCUACACACACCGCUCGGUGCAACAUGAACAGCAUAGAUACUACACAUUUUGUUUUUGCGGCAAUACAGCAGCUCUAAAACCUGUAUUUUCAUCCUUCUGGUGGUGUUUGCAGCUGAAAGUGGCUUGGUUUUACGGGAUGUGGUUUUCGUCUCUUUCGUCCUAGCUAUUGACGCGGUCAUGAUCUCGAUCUUGUUGCACAAGUUUUUCAUACAAAAACAUGCGGCAUUGUAUGAAGAAGACGCGGACAGCAGACCUGAACCUGAGCCUGCCUCGACGAAGACGAGUAUGGAACCAUCAUUCUCGUCAGCCACUCCUUGUGGACCUGACUCGACGAAGACGAGGAUGGAACCAUCAUUCUCGUCAGCCACUCCUUGUGGACCACGUGAAGCUGUAACCCGACGUAGCAAUGGAGGGAAAACAACGGAGGAUACUACAAACUUGACAGAAAUAAACCAAGAAGGAGUAGAGGAACAAGAUGAACGAGUAGAGGAACAAGAACGAGUGGGGGAACAAGAACGAGUGGGGGAACAAGACGACUCAACAAAUCAUAACUCUACAUCUUCUUGGCAAAAUAAGUAUCUUAUUUUCUGUCAUUUACUCCUGCCAUGGGAACUCACUUACGCGUGUAUAUUCUCUGCCUCACCGAUCCUUGUUGGUCUUGCGCUUUUUCUACUCGUUGGAAUGCAUCUGCAGUGGGUUCACCGCUCAAGAACCAAAAAUAUACCCUACUUUAACAAUAGUACGCCUCCUCGACAGAGCUCGUCUACGAAUGCGUCAUCUCCGCAGGAUCUUAAGGAGAGUAUAUCGCAGGCAGGACCCUGUGUGAUGGAUGACUUUGGUGCUGCUGUGCCGUCUAGUUUGCGAGGCCCGAUAUUCGAUGUGGUCAUAUUCCUAGGCUCACUGUGCUUGAUCGGGAUCGCUGUAUUUCGUUUAUUUUUCGUGAUGCUUUAGGUAGUUCUUGCUGACCUUACCUAUGUCACCCAUCAUCCUCGGAGGCGAGCAUGUGCCUGUGGGGCUCGUUGAGAAGGAUCCACAACCUAACCUAACCGUGCAAUAAGUCGAUUGAGGGCUGACGGGAGUAAUGUCGAAAGAUGGAAAGCUUUUUACAUCUACGGACCGUAGAAGCCUUCUUGGGAUGGGCGCUCUGGAGUAUAAGACAAUUUGACGAGAUCGUGAUGCUGACGACGACAAACGAAAUAGUUUCGCUCAAGUAAAUUAUACUUAUAGAGGCUUCCAUAGCCGUAGCCAUUUUGGCUCAAGGCCUUGUGCUGCGAGCGUAAUUAUUCACAACAGAGAGACCCAGCCGUUUGAAUUUUAUAGGACAUGGCUCAGCACAAAAUCUAGUUGGCAGGUUAGCUGCAAUCACCAAUGAUACGGAAUUGAUUUGGAAUUUAGCUAUCGCCCGCCGGCUGGGUCUAUAAAAUCUGGGCAGUAGAGCGGAAAAAAUACGCUGAAUCUAGAAAAACACACCAAUGUUGAGGAAGUCGAAACUGAAAACUUGUUGAAAAAAGGAUCCAACACGCUGAAAAACAUGCUCUAUGAAUGAACGGUUCUGAGAAAUCUAAUUGUG